UUGAAUAGUAUUUGACCCGAAUAUUCCCCUGACCCGUUUCCGACUGCUUCUGUAUACUUCCUUGUCCAAACUUUCCUCCAUAAAUACCCUACAAAGUUCAAACACCAAUUUCUCGCUCCAUUUCCACACACUACUCUCACUAGAAAAAUCAUCAAACACUGCAGGAAAAGGCACCGGAGAAACAGAAGAAUCAAACGUCUGCUACAGAUUUUAAAGUUCGAAUUGAUCGAUUCACUCAGAAAACGCUAUUUCUCGAAGCGUAACAGUUUCUCGCACGAAGUUGGAUCUGCGAUCAGAAAUGAAGCUGAAGAUCAACAAAGCCUGCGAUCUCAGCUCUAUCUCUGUUCUCCCUCCGCAAUCUAGGAAGACGAGUGCGGUUUCGAGUGGAUUAGAGUCUUCUUCUUCGAUAUUUGGGAGAAGCCAAACAGCAUCACAGCUUCGGCCACAGCAGCCGCAACAAUCACAGUUGACACUUUCGCAGGGAGUUUCAUCACAGCACGGUCUCUUCUCGCAGUUUUCACAGAAUUCUCAAGAUGAUAUCCUCACUAACGAGAAAAUAGGAUCUCAAGAAAGAGAGAACUCAGCAAGGAGGACAUCUUGCUUGCCUCCAGUUAGUUACUCACGAGAAGAGAGUCAGAUGAUGGUAUCUAGAAAUUCCAACAAUUUGGUACGCAAGUGGCCUGGUCAAGAAGUCAAAUGUCAGAUUAGUGAAGAACUUGAGCACAGAAUGGGAAUGAUCGAAACUUCAUUAAGCAGGCUUGGAAUGAUUUUAGACUCCGUUCAGAGCGACAUCAUGCAAGUAAACAAGGGUACAAAAGAAGUAUUAUUAGAGACUAAAGGCGUGUGGCAGAAAUUGAUUGUUCAUGAUGAAUCACUGCAAUCAAUGAAAAAAGGUCAAGAAGACAUCAGAACUUGCUUGGAGAUGGGCUUGAAAUCUCUGUCUGAUCAAGUCAAGCAGAUGAUCGACCAAGAGAGUCCGAGGGAGAUAAUCUCAAUGCUUUCAGCUCUAACAGAGAAAAUUGACUCGCAAAUGGUGAAAUUACAAAAUGACAUCCACAAGGAUUUCUGCCAAGAAAUACAGGCAAUGUCAUCCAGCAUGAAGACAUCCAUACAACGGCAAACAAGCCCUUCAAUACGCGGGCCUAAGGCUGUUAGCUGCUAUGCUCCUCCACUGGAAGUUCAGUUUCCAAACAAUGCAACAAGACGUUUUAAAGCACAGCAAACAAGUGUACUACCGAAGGCUGAAACGGGAGGCUGGACAUCAGUAAAACAAGAACGAGCAACGUCUAAAGUUGGAAAUCUUGAUAAGAGGAGCAACCCGAUAAAACCAUCACCCAAUCAAAUGGACUGUAGAGUUCUCAUCGAAUCAGAUGACGAAACUGAUGCAGGUUUUUCCUGCUUGUUGAAGGAAAAAGGAACAGAAAUAAAUGAAUAUUCGAAAGAGCAAGCCGAGGAAGAAACUGCUCGUAUCCUAAGGAAAGCAAGGAGGAGAAAGAGAAAACUCUGCAAUACCAUCAUCAUUAACUGAAGGUAGUGUGACUGCUUCAGGAAAGAACAUAAACGGAGCUCAAAUAUGUCGCCACAUGUCACAAGGUAAAUCUCAUCACAUCAGAUAAACGUAUCUGUUAGAAUUAUAUAUCAAACAAACUCCUAAACCUAAUUCUUCGCCUGCUAACUAGUCCUUCCCCACGCGUCACUCUUAUUAAUUCAUUUUUAUAUCUCGAAACUUAGGAAAAAAAAGUUUCUGUAUAUUUGUAAUUUGCCACUAUAAUCAAAAUCUCCACCACAUACGUGUAAUAAAAAAUACUUUGGUGUUACAUUACAUGUAGGAAGAUGAAAAUGAUUCAAAAUAA